CGGGCGAGUGCCCUGUCAGCGCGAUGCCCGGGGCGGCGGCGGCGGCGGCCAUGGGCUCGACGCGGGCUCUGCCGUGAGCGCCCCGCAGAGCGCCGCGGGGCGGUUGAGCCGUUGGACGUUGGCCGUCGCGGCGUCCCCUCCCCCUCGGCGGCGGGGUGCGCGUCGGAAGGGGAGCCCCGCGGCUCCGCCCCUCCCCGCCCCUCCCCCGUACACAUCGCACGCACCGCGGCGCCGGCUCCCACACGCUCGCUCGCGCGCCCGCCCGCCCGCCCGCCCGCGGAGCCACCAUGUCCACUGCGUCCUCCAGUUCCUCUCAGACCCCUCACUCCGCGCCGCAGAGGAUGCGGCGCAGCACCGCGGGCUCCCCGCCCGCCGCUGCCGGGAGCGGGACGGGGCCGGCCGGGAGCUGCGCACCGGCUGCGGGAGCCGGUCGGCUGCUGCAGCCCAUCCGCGCCACGGUGCCCUACCAGCUCCUGCGGGGCAGCCAGCACAGCCCCACGCGCCCGGCCGCCGCCGCCGCCACCGCCGCCGCCGCGCUCGGCAGUCUCUCCGGGCCCGGAGGGGCCCGCGGCCCCAGCCCGUCCAGCCCGACUCCACCGCCGGCCGCUGCCCCAGCCGAGCAGGCGCCUCGCGCCAAGGGCCGCCCGAGACGGUCCCCCGAGAGCCGGCGGAGGAGCAGCUCACCUGAGAGACGGAGUCCCGGCUCGCCCGUGUGCAGAGUGGACAGGCCAAAAUCUCAACAUAUUCGAACCUCUAGUACAAUAAGGCGAACCUCUUCUCUGGAUACGAUAACAGGACCUUACCUCACAGGACAGUGGCCACGGGACCCUCAUGUUCACUACCCUUCAUGCAUGAGAGAUAAAGCCACUCAGACACCUAGUUGCUGGGCAGAAGAGGGAGCAGAAAAACGAUCACAUCAGCGCUCUGCAUCAUGGGGAAGUGCUGAUCAACUGAAAGAGAUUGCCAAACUUAGGCAACAGCUACAACGCAGCAAGCAAAGUAGUCGGCAUAGUAAAGAGAAGGACAGACAGUCACCUCUCCAUGGCAACCACAUAACAAUCAGUCAUACUCAGGCUAUUGGAUCAAGAUCAGUCCCUAUGCCUCUGUCAAACAUAUCAGUGCCAAAAUCAUCUGUUUCCCGUGUACCCUGCAAUGUAGAAGGAAUAAGUCCUGAAUUGGAAAAGGUAUUCAUCAAAGAAAACAAUGGAAAGGAAGAAGUGUCCAAGCCAUUGGAUAUACCAGAUGGUCGAAGAGCUCCGCUCCCUGCUCACUACAGGAGCAGUAGUACUCGAAGCAUAGAUACCCAGACACCUUCUGUCCAAGAGCGCAGCAGUAGCUGCAGCAGCCACUCCCCUUGUGUGUCCCCAUUUUGUCCUCCGGAAUCCCAGGAUGGAAGUCCUUGUUCAACAGAAGAUUUGCUCUAUGAUCGUGAUAAAGACAGUGGGAGUAGCUCACCGUUACCCAAGUAUGCUUCAUCUCCCAAACCCAACAACAGCUACAUGUUCAAACGGGAGCCCCCAGAGGGAUGUGAGCGGGUGAAGGUCUUUGAGGAAAUGGCGUCUCGUCAGCCUAUCUCGGCCCCUCUCUUUUCAUGUCCUGACAAAAACAAGGUUAAUUUCAUCCCAACCGGAUCAGCUUUCUGUCCUGUAAAACUUCUAGGCCCUCUCUUACCUGCCUCUGACCUGAUGCUCAAGAACUCCCCUAAUUCUGGCCAGAGCUCGGCUCUGGCAACACUGACCGUAGAGCAGCUUUCCUCCCGGGUUUCCUUCACAUCUCUCUCUGAUGACACCAGCACAGCCGACUCCCUGGAGCCCUCUGCCCAGCAGCCAUCUCAGCAGCAGCAGCUCCUACAGGACUUGCAGGUGGAGGAACACGUCUCCACUCAGAACUAUGUGAUGAUCUAAAGCAGAGGGGGAGCUGGUCUCCACCCAUGGUCCAUGGAUUGGGAAUGAGAUCUCAGACAUCUAUCUGCAUGGAGUGACAAACUUUCCCAACAUCACCAACAGCAAAGUACUUAGCAUCACAAAAUAGCUAUUAACACUGAUCUUGGCAGGGACCGACUUAUAUUCAGCAGUUUUUGUGGAAAGCAGUAAUGCUUGCAAAAAUGUGUGUGUCAUUCAGCAUUUAAUGGAGACUAUGCAUUUCAUAGUAUGUCUGACAGAUUAGUACUGUGUCCUGUGUUUUGUUCCAACAUUUUCAGUAUGAAUAAGCUCUAUUUCAAAAAGUUGCCUGUCUAAGUAGAAAAUGUCUUGCUGUGUUUUGUCCUAUGGAAAAUACUGUACUUCAGGAUUAUGUUUACAAUUGAUCCAGGUGUUUGUUUCUAACUUCUAUAAUACAUACAAUGCAAAAAAAAAAAAAAAAUGGCCACAACAGUUGCACAGUGCCCACCCUAUGGCCUAGCUUCAGGUACUUCAGUUGAAGUCUAAACUCAGGUAACUUGGAAUGUAUGUCAUAUUGGGAUAUUAAAUAUUUCACAGCUACAAAGCUAAAGAGGGAACAUCACUCUUUUGCCUUUCCUUGUUUUAUGCAUUUCCUUUUCUUCAUUCCAUUCCACACUAGAAUAAGAAGUGCAUUGAUCCCUAGGAGAUGCUAAUCCUGGGUAUAGGGAACAUGAGGAGAACCAGCAAAUUUGUGGUGUGUGACAUCACUUUUGUCAUGUGGUUACCAGUAGAACAACUGUUGCAUUCACUGUUUCAACAUGUGUAAAUGUGGCUUUUUUUUUUAAAAAAAAAGAAAAAGAAAAAAGAAAAAACAAGUUGUGUUGCUCAGUGACUGACUGUUACAGUGUUGCAAAUAAAGCCUCAGUAGUAGCCUACAUAAACAUUCCCCAUUGCGUGUGACGAAAUUUAAAUGCAGGGAUGGCUGGAGUUCAUUUCAAAGCAAGUGGCGUUUUGCAGAAAUAAAUAAGGAUUUUUCUUUAUAUUGGCCAUUGGGGUCAUAAUUGCUACUAUUUUUAUCUAAAGACAUAUUUAUGUUUAGCUUCAUUUUAGGAAAUUGUAAUUUUCUGGUUACAAAGUGAAACAUUUUGGUUACUGUUUUCCUCAAGUAUUUGGUAAAUGAGUUGUAUUCAUGUAGAGAGAAUGUGUAUGUCUCAGAACCAGUGCAGCAUAAGCAAGCAGAUUUCUUGUUGACUUUCGAGAGCAAUAGCUUAAAGCUGUCUCAUUUAAGCCUCAGAUAACACUAUCAUGAAUAAUUUUGUUAAGACGUAGAACGCAUGGAGUGGAGCAGAACCCCGAGUAAAUAGCCUUGAACUUGCAGACUUGACAGAAGUUCUCCACAAAGUGCAUAGAAGAGAGCCAUAGAGAUUCCUGUUGCCACCUGGAGAGCCCGACUUCAGACUUUAUUUUUUUGCAGCACAGCCUGUGCAAAAGUAAAGGGACGCUUUUGUAUUGGUGUUCCGUUGCUCUCAGUUCAGUUAGAGCCUAGAGUUCUCCCAUCUCCACCUAACGUGUGUGGCACAAUGUUUGGUUUGGUUGGUUUUUAGAGUCGGGAACCGCUGCCUACAGUUACUCUUCAGUUUUCCAUAGGUCAUACCUGCGGUUUCCUUUGACUCCUCUAAGGAGUCAACGAGUAGAAGGAUGAGCUGAUAAAGUGAUGAUACCGUGUUAAUUUUUACAAAAUGCUGUGCGUGAGUGUGCAUACACGUGCACAUGGAUGUGUGGAUGUGUGUAUUCUGUGUGCUAUUUUGUCACCUUGAUGUCUCCUUUCCACCAAAGUUUGCAGUAAUACUCUCUUCUGAAGGUACGCAGUCAGUGUUAUAGAGACUGUCAUGGAGAAGAGGACUCAGUUGACUUUUGCCAUUUUCAUAGGGGAACCUUUUAAAACAAUCUUUUCAGCAGCAGACACCUUUAACCCUAAUAAUCUCAGGCCUUGAUGAAAAUACUAUAUUUUGUAGAUUAUGGUUAAAGGAAGAAAAUUGCUAGUUCCGUAAGAUAAAUAUGAGCUCCAUUUAACUUCUUUUUUUUAAGCCUCUAACAAUUUUAUUGUAAGUAAACAAAAUUAUGUGUACUUGUUUUAUUCGGCACGUGAAAACAGAUAUUUACAGAUAUAAAAAACUCGUAUUGACAGACGUUUAAAUGGACAGAGUCAAGUUGAUAGAAGCAUGACACAAAUUUGGUAAAGCAAAUCUCAGAUACUGACACUGAAGCAAGUGCUCUCAGAUCCAUCAAACAGACCACAGCCCUCCCUUGCCAAAACUCCAAUCAAUUCUAUCUUAGUAUCUAAGAUAGACAUCCUGUUUGUUUUUCAUAAGUCAAUCUUGGCACUUUUAUGAACAAUUAGUUCCUCUAUUCACAAAAGGCAUCAUAAUUAUUUUUACUUUCUUAAAGUUUGAGGGUUUUUUGGUUUUUGUUUUAAGUAGCCAAGAUCUACAGUUGAUCUUCUAAAAGGUCACGAUCUUAGUAAGUUCUUUUUAGUUACAGGCAAAGGACCCACUUUACAGUUGGCUUUUAGGAUCUUGCCAUUCAAACAGUCUUUGUUGUUAUGGUAAGCACACAGACACUUUGUACAAUAUUCAAAUUGACAGCUUUCCCGUUUGCAGACUGCUCGCUCUAAAUAGUGGUCAUAUUUUGCAGGGAAAUUAUAGCAAGCACAGGCUUUGAGGCUUCCCUUGUUCUUCAAUGUCUGCCACCUCCACGAACUUGUUGUGCCAGCUGUAGGUAGAACCUUUCUGACCACGCUGACUGGAGGACUUGACCUGAACAUCUUUUUUUGGGAGGUGCCCAGGUCGACGAUGACUUUGAACAGAAGUUAGUGCAGGUCUGCCCACAACAUGUCCUCUCGUUGCAGCAUGUAGUGACAACUUACUGCUUUCAAUGACUCUGCAUGGUUUUGCUGUAGAGCUGGACCGCUCCCUUAUUGUUUUCCAGUAUCUUCUUCCAAAUUCUGCUCACUUUAGACAGGUUUAUUAAGUCCGUGCCCCGAGCUUCAUCACAAUGUUAGCCAACAGGUGCACGAAUCCCCUCCGGGAGAGCUCAGCCAGGAGAUCUAGGUGUUCCAGGCCCAUUUUCUUGCCAAUUAUACUUUGCAGUCUAAAGUUGCCGCUGGUGAUAACUUCCUUCAGCAUUUCUCGAUCCACUUUAGGGUUUCGCUUGCCAUUCUUUUUUAGUGUUGAGCAAACCACUCUUUGACAAUGCAGGACAGGCAGCAGGUUUUGUUGGGAUGCUGGUCCAGGCUCUGUGAUGGCAGCAGGCGGGCCUGGGGACUGUUUCUGAAAUUCUCCAGGAUAAGGAUGCCGUCGUCACGGUCACUUUGUGUAAAAGAUGAGUAGCCACUGUCCUCAUACAGUCUACUGGCCUCUAGCUCUUCUGUUUCGUUUGAACUAUCUAGUGUGUUUUGUACACGUUGAUUCUCCUUGCUAUCAUGACCCACAAUUGGUGACUCGAUGAAAGACAACCUCUCAUGGUUUCUAACACAGUCCUUACAGGAAGGUUUCAAACACACGGGACUGUAGGAACCUUCUCUCCCACUGUCCUCAGGCUUCAACCACUUCAAGCUCAGAAAGAUCAGGGUUGCAAUUAAAACACUUCAUUGUAACAGAAAGAACAGGGCUUUCUUCUUUAUGUCCACGGUCGUCCACGCGCCAAGACGGCAGGGACAGAACGACGGCCGGCGCAGAUCACUGCAGGUGUGCCUGCUCAUGCGGGAAAACUCGGGCUCCAGUGCAGGGGAGGUGGCGGCGACCAUAGGAAAGAGGUGGCCGGCCCUCCAUUUAACUUCUAAUAUCUGGGUUAGCAUUACAUGAUGUGUUGAUCUUAUGCUCAGCAUUUGUCUAAGAUGCAAUAGUAUCAUUAUCAAUUUCAGAAAUAUGGACUGAAUAUGCUUUUUUGGUGAUGAAAUCUAUGUACGAUAUUUAUAGUGAUGUGCUUUUAUUUUCUCAUGAGAAACUAAAUAUUGUGUUGUACAUUUGUUUUUAGCAUAUAUUAAAGUUUUAAACCAAAUGUGUUAAAGCUUAUGCUUUGCCAUGCAAAUCCCCCAGAAGUUGGUGAGCUCAAAUGUAUCCUACAUCCAGCUGUAGAAACUUGUCAGAAAUUGUUUAAAUUUUGUAUAUAGGUGACUGUUUAAUUUUAGCCACUGCGCUGAACAGUAUUCAAGUUAUAUAAUAUGGCUUUACACAAGAAAUGUGUGGCUUCUGUUUUGUAUUUUUUUCAGUAUAGAAGUUCCUGUGUCUUAUUUAAAUAAAGUUAUUAGUAAAACUGGAAU